AUUUGUAUUUAAAAGUGUUAUAAAGAACUAUACAAUGAGUGACAAAGUUUUCAGAUUGGAUUCAGGUUAUCAAAACUACGAUUGGGGGAAAAUUGGUUCCACUUCAGCUGUUGCUCAAUUUGCUCAUCAUUCCAACCCGGAAAAUGUCGUUAUUGAUGAAUCAAAACCAUAUGCUGAAUUAUGGAUGGGUACUCAUCCAAAAGUUCCAUCCAAAAAUUUAAAAGGUGAAUCUUUAAGAGAUUUAAUUAGUGCUAAUCCAAAAGAAUUAUUAGGUGAAAAAAUCAUCAACAAAUUUAAAGCUACUAAUGAAUUACCAUUCUUAUUCAAAGUCCUAAGUAUUGAAAAAGUUUUAUCAAUUCAAGCUCAUCCUGAUAAAGAAUUGGGUGCUAAAUUACAUAUUCAAGAUCCAAAGAAUUAUCCAGAUGAUAAUCAUAAACCUGAAAUGGCCAUUGCUGUUACAGAUUUUGAAGGGUUUUGUGGGUUCAAACCAUUGGAUCAAAUUGCUGAUGAAUUGAAUGCAAUUCCAGAAUUGGCUAAUAUUGUUGGUGAAGAAGUUUCCCAAAAAUUCAUUAAUGGUAUUAAAUUAAACGUUCAAGCUGGUUCUUCAGAUGAUUUACAAAAUAAAAAAUUAUUACAAGCUGUUUUCGGUAAAGUUAUGAAUGCAACAAAUGAAGAAAUUGCACAAAAUGCAAAUUCAUUAGUGGAAAAAGCUAAAACUCAACCUGAAAUUUUCAACAAAUCAGAUUUACCUGAAUUAAUCAUUAGAUUAAAUAAACAAUUCCCAGAAGAUGUUGGUUUAUUCUGUGGUUGUUUAUUAUUGAACCAUUGUAAAUUGGUUGCUGGUGAAGCUAUGUUUUUACAAGCUAAAGAUCCUCAUGCUUAUAUCUCUGGUGAUAUUAUUGAAUGUAUGGCUGCUUCAGAUAAUGUUGUUAGAGCUGGUUUCACUCCAAAAUUCAAAGAUGUUAAAAAUUUAGUGGAAAUGUUGACAUAUAAUUAUGAUGAUGUUGAAAAGCAAAAAAUGUCACCAUUAUCAUUUGAAAGAAGUUUAGGUGAUGGUGAAUCAAAAUUAUAUGAUCCUCCAAUUCAAGAAUUUUCAGUUUUACAAACUACAUUCAAGAAAACUCAAGGUACAAGAACUUUUAAACCUUUUGAAGGUCCAAGUAUAUUGAUUGUUACUAAUGGUGAAGGUGAAUUAAUUAGUGAAGAUGGUGUUUCAUUAAAAGCUGAACCAGGUUAUAAUUUUUUCAUUGCACCAAAUACUGAAGUUACAUUGGUUACUAAAGAUCCAAACUUCACCACUUAUAGAGCUUAUGUUGAAGCUUAA